UUUCUUGUCAAAAUUGUCCAGGAAUAUGAAAGAGCAGUUAUUUUCCGUUUGGGACAACUCCUAGGCGGUGCAAAAGGACCUGGUUUGCUCUGGAUUAUUCCAUGUUUGGACACAUUUCGGAAGGUUGAUUUAAGGACAGUAUCUUUUGACAUCCCUCCACAAGAGGUGCUGACCAAAGACUCAGUGACUAUCAUGGUGGAUGCGGUGGUCUACUAUCGCGUCUUUAACCCCACUGUCUCCAUUACCAAAGUGGAGAAUGCUAAUUAUGCCACACAGAUGCUUGCACAGACUACAUUACGAAACAUGCUCGGAACUAAGAGCCUGGCAGACAUCUUAAAAGACAGUGAGGAGAUGUCCGAACAGAUGGAGGCUGUGCUGUAUCCUGCAUCCAAGAACUGGGGUAUCAAAGUGGAACGGGUCAAUCUUAAAGAUGUCAAACUGCCUACCACUUUGCAGAGAGCCAUGGCAGCUGAAGCAGAGGCCACCAGAGAUGCCAGAGCCAAGGUGAUCACAGCGGAGGGAGAAAUGAAAGCCUCGCAUGCUCUGAAGGAGGCAGCAAAUGUGAUGUCAGAGUCUCCGUCUGCGCUUCAGCUGCGAUAUAUGCAGACGCUGACUGAGAUUGCCUCGGAAAGGAACUCAACUAUUGUCUUUCCUCUUCCUAUUGACUUCAUCUCUAAUUUCAUGAAAAGGUGACCUUAUAUAGGAAUUAUCUAUUAAUGUUCAAAAAUCACUGUAAAGACUUUGCAGCCUUUUCUUUUAAAAUCCUCUUUGCUUUAACUAUAGGCAAAACAUAUUCUGUUUAUUUUUGCACUUUGCAUCAUGUCUUACAUAUUUAAAAAUGAAAUUGUUUUGUAUUACAUGAUUAAAUCUAUCAAAUA